GCCAAAAGCUGCCUGCUGGCUUGUUGCUUGUUUUGUGAUUUGGUUCUUGGGGUAUCGCCUUAUUUUUUUUUAUAGAUAAGUGACGCGAUCGUCUCGACCAUUGAUUUUACUCUAGAUUUUAUAAAGAAAUUCAGGAUGCGGAAUCAUAUUUUUCAGUAGCAGCGAUUACGUUAUUGUUAUUGAAACGACCGAAAUAAUGCCACUGAUUGUGAGCAGAGUGGUGAAAGACUUUCUAACCACCACUCCGGACGAACUGUGUGUGUCCAAGGGUGACAUAGUCCUGGUCAUUUCAAAAUCGGACCGAAUUUGGUGCGAAUGCCGCCUGUUGCCAGGUGAUCAGCAGGGCAGGGUGCCCUUGGGACACCUGAGUGAACUGCAACCACCCUUUGUUGAGGUCGGACAGGUGCUGUUCGUCACUGUGUCUGAUUUUGUUGGGCAGCAAACUGGAGACCUCACAAUCUUUAAAGGAGAUUUUGUGAUUGGCACUCACAAGAUUGAUGACAACUGGUGGAAUGGACAAUGCAACAGAGUAACUGGAAUGUUUCCAGUGAGCUAUGUUUUCCAAUUAGAUACAGAACAGGAGAAACUUCGUCGGGCUAGGGUGAAAACAAGCAUGAGAGCUCAACUAGAGGAAGAAGUCGAUCUUCAGGAGGGUGACAUUGUCACUGUCGAGCGCACAGUAGACAAAGCUUACUUUUAUGGCUGCAGCCAGGGAAAGUCUGGAAUUUUUCCGUCUGCCUUCGUUGAGGUUUUAGAAGAAGGACCCUCACUGGCUGUAGCAAGUCCCUACAGAAAAUCCGAUCUGCCUCCCGCCUACGUAGAAAAUCUGCCUCCACCCUAUAGGGAAAGCAUGGCUCAAGAUUUUCAGCCAACAGCGCAGCAGAACAAUCAAAGUGCUAAAGGACUAGCAAGUGCACCACAAAAUCAAUCUGAUAUGGGAAUGCAGCCUUAUUGUGUUGGCCUUUUCCCGUUCACUGCCCAAUUUGACAACGAGCUGAGUUUCGGCGAAGGAGAAAUUAUAAUGAUGUCGUGUCACGUAGACCAAGACUGGAUCAAAGGAUCUUGCAAUGGUCGUCAGGGAAUAUUUCCUGCAAGCUUUGUCAACAUUGUCGUGGACUGCCCUUCCAGUUCGAAGGAUCCGUCAGGCCUGACUGUCGGCGGUUUUGCCAAGUUGAUAUUCGACUUCCAGGCACAAACGUCGGGUGAUGUGACUGUCCGGGAAGGUGAGACGGUUUUUCUCAUGUAUCCGACUGGUGAUGAUCAGUGGUGGAUGGUGAAAAAGGCGGAUGGAACUUCUGGUCUUUGUCCGUCAAACUAUUUGGAACACUUGAAAUUUGAUGCGGUUUCUAAAAGCACACCUACCAGUUCCUUGGAGGAUUUAGCAGUAAAAAACUUGAAUCAACUUUCUUUAUCCAAGCCUCAAUCACUCCCAUCAAGAAAUUCACAAACUUCACGUUUAUCUUUGAGGCCUUUGCCUCCCAGUUCGCCACCUCCAUCACCUCCUAAGAGUGAUGAGGAACCUGAACUGCAAUUAGUUGAGCCUAUUCGACCAAUUGUGCCUCCAAUUCAUGAGCGACAUGAGCAGGAAAGUUUAAUCCGAGUUCCACACCGAGCCCCUCCACCAAUACAGCAGGUUCAAAAGCCUGCAGAACAACCUCAGAUAAAUGAAGAAACUACGGAUGAUUUAAGGAACAAAAUGUGGGAACAAAGGCAGAAUGUAAUAACAGAACUUGUCCUGACCGAGAGAGACUUUAUUCGAGAUCUGAAAAUCACUUAUGAAACUUUCAACCUGCACAAUCCACAGAUACUUGAGUCCAGGGGUGUAGAUGCAAAUCUGCUCUUUGGCAACAUUUUAGAGGUGAUAAAAGUGUCGGAAUCAUUGUUGGACAAAGUCAUCUUGGCUAUGAAAGGGAAAAGUGAGGACAAGCAGUUGAUCGCUCCCAGUUUUUUGGGAAUGGCCGAAGAAAUGAAAAAUGUUUACACCUCGUACUGUAUCAACAAUGACAACUCGCUGAUGCUUCUGAGCAAAUAUGGGGAAAAUGAAGACAUCCAAAAGCUUUUUAGAAAAGGAAUCGAAACGCUGCAAAUGCAGAUUUCGUGCUUCGACAUGAGUUCCAUAAUAAUAAAACCAGUUCAGCGAAUAAUGAAGUACCCUCUUAUAUUGAAUGAACUUUACAAGUGCACGGAUGAUGCUCAUCCAGACAAGGCAGGUUUAUUGGUGGCUGUGAAAACCAUGUCCGAAGUGGCUUCGUACAUCAAUGAGGCUAAGAGGCGACAAGACAUAGUGUCAAGAUAUUUAGGAGAUGGAACUUCUUCACUUUCUCUCAAAAUGUCUAGAUUUUCUUUGCAUUCCGUCACAAAAAAGUCAUCUCGUCUGAGUGCCAAAUUGUCGUCAACUCUUGGAAUAUCUAACACAGUCAGAGACGAGGCUUUCAACGAGCAGGCAAGAGUGUUCUUGUCCCUAGGAAAGAGCAUCAGAAGCUUUCACCAGGGCAUCGAAUCAGUUUUGUUUCACAUAAAAGAAGCUGUGUCUGCCCAGCUCGGCUUAGCUGAUGCAAUUUCUGACUUUUUCGAUGACAAGUCUGCUAACAACGUGGACUUCAAAGAAGCACAAAACUUUAUUUCUAAAGAACUACUCCAACAGUUUAUAUCCAGUCUUCAAAAGUAUGUCCUGGACACACUGAAUAUCAUUUUAGAACUUGCCCUUGGCCCACUGAAACUGAUAGAAAAAAGAAAUGACAAGUUAGCUGACUAUGAAGCGUUAAUGUCGAAGGCAGAAAAACUGAAAGAUCCAAAGACCCAAGAUGAUCUCAAUCUUGCCAAGCACACUUAUGAAGCUCUGAACUCCCAGUUGCUGGAAGAACUUCCAACCUUUUGUGUUCACGCUGAAGACAUUUUCAUUGAGUGUGUUAUGUCUUACAUUGUAGCAAGAAAAAUAUUCUCCGCCAAAGCAGCUAAACCAUAUUUAAAUCUAAUGGAGUUGCCGGUGAUGGCUGGAUUUGCCAGAGAUUCAGUUGAGGUGUUUAAGGUGAAGCAUAAUUUAGUCUGUGAUGAAAUGAGCAACAAGCUGAGCUUUGUAUCAAAAACUUUCAAAUCUGAGAACUUUGGCACUCUGAAAUCCAAUAGAAAAACUUCAACCUGUGCUGAAAGCAAGAUUGAAGAGCACAGUCAGAGCACCAGCAGGACUGCAUACUUGUUCAGCAAAUACCCACUUGAAAAAAUAUUCAAAGUUGUUGAGCCGUGGAGUAAGAGCGAAAUUCUCGAUCUCUCUGUCCAGGAGGGAGACCUUGUUGCCGCAAUCAAGCAACAAGACCCCAUGGGCAGUGGUGAACGGUGGUUUGUUGAUGAUGGAGAAAACAAAGGAUUUGUGGCUCAACGGUGUUUGCAGCAGUAUCUUAUUAACUCAAGUCCGCAAACUUCUGUUGGUUCCUGCGACGAGACUGACAUUACCUACGAAGAAGUUGAAGAAGAGGAUAUUUACGAGGAAAUUCCUGAUGAGGAUUUUUUCUACGCGGAAUACAAUUUCGAUCCUAUCAACAAUUUCACGCUGAAACUGACCAAAGGCCAAGUUCUGAAGGUGAUCAAUAAGUACGACCAGCAAGGAAAUGAAGAGUGGUGGUAUGUUGAGAACAGGAGCGGCGGCCAGGGAUACGUUCCAGCAAAUUAUUUGAAAAAGUAUAGCGGCGCUUAAGAAGAAACAAGAAGUCAUGAAAAUAUUUCUUAAUUGUGUGAUUUUUAAUACGAAGAUUAAAAAGGCUGUGGAACAGCUCCAAACAAGAGAGAGGUUAAUUUUAAUAAUGAAUUUUUUUGUUGGUUGCAAAAUGGGUGGAUUGGACAAACUGUUGUCGGCACAUAUUUACUGCCUACACGUGACUUAGAUUAUUCCGGAUUAUUCAUUUUCCGCAGGCGAAUAGGAAGAAUUAAUAUUAAUGUGCACAGGCUUGAAAUGUUAACUAAUCUUAUAUACGUGAACGUUAGGAACACACCAAAAAUUUUAUAAAUAAACAGCCAUGAA